AUGGCUUCCAAUAUUUCUCUCCUUUUGUUGUUCUCCUAUAUUACAACAAUCCUUCAUUUUAUUAUUUUCACAUUUGCUCAAUCUGAUAAUUAUAUCAUUCACAUGAAUUUAUCAGCUAUGCCAAAAGCAUUCUCAAAUCAACAUAGUUGGUAUCAUUCCACUCUUUCUCAAGUUACUACUGCCAACAAUAAUCUUAAUUCUCCUUCUUCUAAAAUCAUUUAUACAUACACUAAUGUUAUGAAUGGUUUUAGUGCAAAUCUAUCACCUCAAGAUCAUGAAUCUCUCAAAAACUCUCCUGGUUACAUUUCUUCAAUGCCUGAUUUACCCUUGAAGCUUGACACAACACACUCACCUCAAUUUCUUGGUCUUAAUCCCUACAAAGGAGCAUGGCCAGCUUCUGAGUAUGGCAAAGAUAUCAUUGUUGGUGUAAUAGACACAGGUGUUUGGCCAGAAAGUGAAAGUUUCAAAGAUGAUGGAAUGACUGAAAUACCAUCAAAAUGGAAAGGCCAAUUAUGUCAAUUUGAUAAUUCCAAUAAUUCAUCUUUGUGCAACAAGAAACUCAUUGGAGCUAGAUUCUUCAACAAAGGGUUCUUAGCAAAAUAUUCCAACCUUAGUACAACCAUUACGAACACGACCCGUGACGUAGACGGUCAUGGAACACAUACUUCAACAACUGCAGCUGGAAGCAAAGUUGAUGGUGCAUCUUUCUUUGGUUACGCAAAUGGAACAGCAAGAGGAAUAGCUUCGUUAUCUAGACUAGCCAUAUACAAGAAUGCAUGGGGAAAGAAUGGAGAUGCAGUUUCAUCUGAUGUAAUAGCAGCAAUUGACGCUGCAAUAUCGGACGGUGUCGAUGUUCUUUCGAUAUCUUUAGGCGAUAACAAUGUAUCUUUAUAUGAAGAUGCUAUUGCAAUAGCCACUUUUGCAGCAAUGGAAAAAGGUGUUAUUGUUUCCACUUCAGCAGGUAAUAAUGGAGCUUCCUUUAAAUCUCUCCACAAUGGAACACCAUGGGUGAUAACUGUUGCUGCUGGUACUAUGGACCGUGAAUUUCAUGGGAAUAUUACACUUGGUAAUGGUGUCUCACUCACAGGUUUGUCUUCUUAUAUAGGAAAUUUCUCUGCUAGCAAUUUUCCUGUUGUUUUCAUGGGUAAGUGUGAUAAUGUUGAAGAAUUAAAAAAAGUGAAGAGUAACAUUGUGGUUUGUGAAGAUAAUAGUGGAAUUGUUACUGCUCAAAUAUCAAAUCUAGUUGAAGCAAAGGUUGUUGGAGGUGUUUUCAUAUCAAAUAUGCCAAACAUAUAUGAUUUAGACAAUAUUUUUCCAUCCAUCAUUAUUGAUCAGAUAAAUGGAGAAAUUGUGAAAGCUUACAUAAAGAGUUAUACCUCAAAAAACUCUAGUUCUAUAGCAAGCAUGUCUUUCAAGAAAACCAUUUUUGGUGCUAAGGCAUCACCUAAGGUUGAUUCUUAUAGUUCAAGAGGGCCAUCAUAUAGUUGUCCAUAUGUGUUGAAACCUGACAUUACAGCUCCUGGUACAUCAAUCUUAGCCGCAUGGCCUCCGAAUAUUCCUGUGUUGGAAUAUGGAACAAAAGUCUACAACAAGUUCAAUGUUUUAUCCGGAACAUCUAUGUCAUGUCCUCAUGUUGCUGGCGUGGCAGCCCUCUUAAAAGGAGUGCAUCCAGAUUGGAGCCCGGCAGCUAUUAGGUCAGCCAUGAUGACAACAUCAGACAUACUUGAUAAUACUAAGCAACCCAUCAAAGACAUUGGAAACGAUAACAAAGAUGCAACCCCUUUAGCAUUGGGAGCUGGUCAUGUUAACCCUAAUAGAGCACUUGAUCCUGGCCUUGUUUAUGAUGUUGGUGUACAAGAUUAUGUUAAUCUUCUUUGUGCACUUAACUUCACGCAACAAAACAUCACUGCCAUUACAAGAACUCCUUUUAAUGAUUGCUCUAAACCUUCUUUGGAUCUUAACUAUCCUUCUUUUAUCACUUUCAUAGAUGCUGGGAAUUCUUCUGUCAGGACAACCCAUGAAUUUCGUAGAACAGUUACCAAUGUUGGUGAAGGACAAUCUACUUAUUUUGCUAGCAUUACUCCAAUUAAAGGGUUUAAUAUCAGUGUUGUACCAAAUAAGUUGGUCUUCAAUAAGAAGAAUCGGAAGAUUAGCUUCAAGUUGAAGAUUGAAGGACAAAAAGUGACACAAAAGAAUAAAGUAUCUUUUGGAUAUCUCACUUGGAAAGAUAGCAAGCAUGUGGUGAGGAGUCCUGUUGUUGUAACUACACCCGAUUUCAAUUUGUAG